GUACCAGUCCGCGCUCCCCGGCCCUGGCGGCGGAAGAGAUGGAGCAGCGUCACGAGCGCCCGGCCCCUUAAAACGCUGCUGGCUGGAGCCGCCUCCCUCCCUGCAGCCCGCGGCGGGGAUGGAGUAAAGGGGGACCCGUCGACCUGCCCGCGGGGAUCAGCGAUGGAGUUAAAGCAAUCUUUGUCCACCCAUCUGGAAACCGAGAAGCCUCUGAGGCGCUAUGGGGCGGUGGAGCAGACGGCGUGGACCGCGGAGGGACUGGGGAGAAAUCAGCUGGACAUCAUCUCCAUGGCAGAGACAACCAUGAUGCCGGAGGAGAUCGAGCUGGAGAUGGCGAAAAUUCAGCGUCUCCGGGAAGUCUUGGUCCGACGGGAGUCUGAGCUCAGGUUUAUGAUGGAUGACAUCCAGCUUUGCAACGAUAUUAUGGACCUGAAACAAGAGCUACAGAACUUGGUCGCCAUCCCAGAAAAAGAAAAGACCAAGCUGCAGAAGCAGAGAGAGGAUGAGCUAAUCCAGAAGAUCCACAAGCUGGUGCAGAAGAGAGACUUUCUGGUGGAUGAUGCGGAGGUCGAGCGGCUGAGGGAGCAAGAAGAAGACAAGGAAAUGGCGGAUUUCCUGAGAAUCAAGUUAAAACCUCUAGAUAAAGUAACCAAAUCUCCAGCCAGCUCCCGAGCAGAGAAGAAAGCAGAACCCCCACCUAGCAAGCCCACAGUGGCCAAGACUGGGCUGGCACUCAUCAAGGAUUGCUGUGGGGCCACCCAGUGCAAUAUCAUGUAGCCCCCAGUGUGGGGUGCCCCCGGGGCCGCGGGGACCCCGCCUCCCACCCUCUUGUCUUCAUAGCCCCCAUUUCACUGGGGCCCAAGAGCUCUCCAAGGUGGAAGGGGUUGAAGGCAAGCCUGUGACUGCCGCCAGGGGCCGUGGGCGUGGCGGGCGGGCCCGGCCGCCCUGUACAGAGUGUAGCAAUAGGGAGUCCCUCACCGUCGCAUGGCCCUCCCCAGAGCAUGCCAAACCCAGGACUCUGUCUCACUGUUUAUCCAACCACCAGGAAAGGCCCUCCCUUGAAAAAGUAUAUCUCCACUUCUAUCUAUCUAUAUCUAACCCACUGUGCGAAUGAACUGGGAGAGGGGCAUGAUCCCCAGGUGUGUAUAGUCGUGACUUUUCAACAAUCUAGCACCAUGUUGGACACAUCCCCCAUCCACCCUCCUAGCUCUGCUGUCAGGCCUGCCCCACAUGGGCACAGCUCCCGUCCCCCAUCUGUCCUCUCCCAGGGGCUGUGCUCUGGAGGGCUCCACACAGUCCACACGUCUUGGAGACAAGAGGGUCCAUCCAUAAAGAUUGAGCUUGUGUGUGGUGUUGUGGUUAUGUCUCCUGCUUCCUCCCUUCCUGUGUCUGGCACGGUUCACAUCGGGAGUGUGUUCACCGGCUCUUGGCUCUUCCUUCCCUUGCGAUGUCUGCCCCAGAUGUGUGGAGCACAGUGGGGAUGAGGGCCCAGGCUGGAGCACAGCCAGUGCUCGAAAGAGGUAGCAGAGGGCCAGAGGCUCCGACACCAGGCAAGGGCAGAUGAGGAGGGGACCCAGAGCAGAUGCUGACCCAGGCUCUCUCCACCCACCGGGGACCACCGGAGGGACUGCCAGCAGGACACCACUCACCAGCCUAACACACAGACCUCUGGAAACAGCAGCGGCGGGUGGGAGAGGUGGCCUGACCCAACUGUGUCCCAUCAUUCGGUGGUGUGUUUUAACCAGCCUAAUAUUUCCACCUGUGUAACUUGACGUACAUUUGCUACAGCCAGCUCGGCACAGCCCGUGUGACCUCUCUGUACGUGUGUGUAUGUGUCGUGACCGGCCUAAAGUAGUUAGCGUAACUCAAGAUGUGCUGAUGUGCAAUCAUCCAUCGGAGAAAAUAAAAAUGGAAACCACGUACACAGCAUUUUUAAAGUUUUUACUUUUCUUCUUGAUUGUGGAAGUAACCCAAGGACACAGUAAACCAUUUUAAAAGUAGAGAAAGGAUAAGGACGUUGUUUGUUUUCUGUUUUUAUCUCCCACAAAUUUUCCAACUAGAGACCACGCUGACAUUCAUUUGGGAGAUUUCCUUCCAGGUUUUUUUUUUUUUUUUUUUUAUGCUUUUUUGUUUUGUCUUGUUCCCAUGAUUGGCAUCAUAUUGUACCAUUUAUAACCAGUUUUCCUUUCUCAUUUAGCAUUAUUAUCAGUAUCGUUUUCCCACGGCAUUAAAAGCUGUUUGUAACAUUAAACGCUCUUCAUAAAUAUUCA